CCGCGGCACACCUUGCUUGGUCUGUAUGGCCCUUCCGAUCCUCGCCGCUGCCGCGGCGCUCCCUGCUGGUUACGCAUGCAACUGCGGCUGGACCGCAACCUACGCCUGCCCGUCUGCCGACAUGCCGGGCACGUCGGGCCGAUAUGCGUGGGACGACGGCUCCCAGUGCUACACGUACUGCUGCCUCACGCCGUCUCCCAGCCCACCGCCGCCGCCGGCACCGUCGAGGCCUCCCUUCCCGCCUUGGCUCCCGUACCAGUGCAGCUGCGAUUGGACCGCGGAGCACGCGUGCCCCGGCUGGGACAGCCCAGGGUCGAGCUGGCUCAAGCCGUGGGCGGACGACGACGGCACAAAGUGCUUCGAGUACUGCUGCUCGACGAUGCCGGCGCCUCCACCAUCGCCGCCUCCGCCUCCGCCGCCGCCGCCGGCACCACCGUACGAAUGCUGGUGCGGGUGGACCGACUGGUGGGCGUGCCCCGGCGCACCCAACGGCGGCAACUUUGGGUGGUACGCAACCGACGACGGCUCGGCCUGCCAUGACUACUGCUGCGGGGCGUCGUCGCCUCCGUCGCCGCCGCCACUGCCGCCCUCGCCGCCAUCGGAGCCGAGUCCGCCGCCCGCUCCGCCCUCUUUACCCUCGCCGCCCGCCCCCCCGUGCGUCGACGACGACGACUACGUGGGCGAGGUGCUCGGCGACGCGAGCAAGACGUGCGCCGACGUCAAGUCCCUCUACUUCCAAUCGCCGUUCGAGGCUGUCUUCCCCUCGACCACCUUUGAGCUCUGCCCGGCGGCGUGCGACAAACGGCCCGACGUGUGCUGCAGCACCUGCGGCUGCGACCUCUCCUUGCCGCGGCCGCCGCCGCCGCCCCCCGGCUUCUACUGCUCCUCCGGUCAGCCGGGCCCGGCCGAGGACCGGCAGCUGCAGGAGCUGCUUGGGACGGACGACAUCGAGUGCAGCGACCUGGAGCUGGCCAGCGGAGUCACCCUCGAGAUCGACGUCUGCGGCCUCGUCUGCGACUUUGUGCCCGAGAUGUGCUGCAACGCCUGCCUAUGCCCCUCGCUCGCCUCUCCGCCGCUGCCGCCCCCGCCGCCCACCUCGCCGCUGCCACCUCCGCCGCCGCCCGCGGCCCCGGACGAUGCGCCGCGGCCUCCUCCAGCGCCUCCAGCGCCGCCGGCCCCGCCGGCUCCCCCUCCCGCGCCGCUCGAGUGCGUCGACCAGGAGGAGAUCCUCAAGCGGCUGCUCGGCACCGACGAGGUGAGCUGCGGCUUCGCAAAGACCUUCAGCCUGUGCCCGAAGAUCUGCGCCGAGGCGGUCGAGGCGUGCCCCGCGACCUGCGACUGCUGCGACGACCUGCGCGCCUCCCCGCGCCUGCCGCCGAGGCCCCCCUUCCCUCCUCCCGCGGCGACCUGCGUGGACCACCCCGAGCUGCUCGCCGAGUACGGCGCCGCCGCCGGCCUCGAGGACUGCGGGGCGGUCGCGGGCGAAGGAGUUUGCGGGACCAUCUGCAGGCUCUUCCCGACGGCCUGCUGCAAGACGUGCUCGUGCGAGCUUCCCUGGCUGCAGCCCGGCCCUCCGCCGGCGCCGCCCGCCCUCCCUCCGUCGCCGUCGUGGCCCCCGGGCACGGUGGCCGCGCUGAGCCCACCCAGCGCCCCCUGCGAGGACGACGACGAGGCGCUCCGCGCCGAGCUUCGCGGGAUGGUGCCGCCGCUGCCCGGGCUCGACUUGAGCGAGGACAUCAACGGGCUGGACUGCGCGACGCUCCCGUUCGCGGAUGAGCAGUGCAGUUUGUUCGCGUGCCCAAAGGGCCUCUGCUGUGCCUCGUGCGGCUGCAACGAUGCUCCGCCCUCGCCGCCCGCGCUGCCUGGCGGCUGCCUCGGCGACAACGAGUUUCUGCUCGGGAAGAUUGCGAAACAGCUGCAAAACGUCCAGCUGCCCGGCCAGCCUGCGGUCCCCCCCUUGCCGCCCGGGCCGCCGGUGACCUGCAGCUACAUCAAGAGCACCGACAAUUGCGCCGCGUUCUGCGAGUACGCCGACUUUGUCUGCUGCGAGACGUGUAACUGCACCCUCGCGGCGGACCGUGGUGGCGGUGACUUUGUCGGGGACAGCAUCCUCGGGCAGGAGGCCGGAGACGAGGAUGAGUUCCCGCUGUGGAUCAUCCUCCUCAUCGUGGGCCUCGUCUUCCUCGUCCUGCUCUGCUGGGCCUUUGCCCUGAUGGGCGGCUCGUCCGGCGUGACCCGCUGGCUGAGGACGCACUUUUGGUACGGCGCGGAGCCUCCUCCGCCGGAGCUCGCCUUUGCGCAGGGCACCGUCGAGGAGCGGCCCGAGGGGUUCAAGGCCGACGGAAACGCCGACGGAAACGCGACCCCCCGCAUCCAAGACCUCCGAGCGUCCAUCGCCUCCAUCGGCCGCGCCUCGCGCGCCUCUGCGACGAGCGGGCGGCGUGUGAGCCUCGCCGAGCAGCGCGUGAGCCUCGUCGAGCCAUGAGCGCGUCCAGUAGGAGCCAGCUUCGGGCGAACGGCCACCUCGGUGGAUUGCCCCGCCGGCCGCGCAGAGAGUUUAUAGGCCCCACCGUGCCGGUUCCGGUGCGCAGAGUACGCGCUGCUUGCCUCCAGCGGAGACACCAUUCACGGAGCCCGCGUGCAGAGCGGGCUCCCAAUGGCUCCAUGUGCAUCAUUGGGCGUGGCAUGAAGGGUUGUCGUCAUCCCCAGUACCGCGGCAGCCAGCGAGAGAGACGGCCCACGCCCCACGCGCGGCGUGUCGGAGACGCCGCGAGAGCGAGAGAGAUGCAGAUGGCUACGUAUUGGGCGAGAGGCAGUGAGAGCUGCGAGAGGAUGUGAACGUGUACAAUACUGUUCCGCGCGGCAAUUCGAGUGUCCUUAUUUUGAACAGCUCGUACGUAAAUGCUGAUAGCUCGUC